CAUCAUCAACAACUCCAUCUCUCUCCCCCCAAAUAUAUAUAAAAGACUAGAGAUUCCUGCACCAUCCCAGAAACAAACAUCACCCAUUACACUCUCCAAAAUGUUCAAGCAACCAUCAUCUUCCAUCUUUCUUGCAUGCCUCUUUGCAGCCAUUAGCCUGUCAAAUAUGACUGCUGCAAUAGAUCCUCCUGCAGUUGCAGCAGCCGGAGAACCGGCCGUGCUCGAGCUAUACAUGCACGACAUUCUAGGGGGCAGCAAUCCCACGGCUAGACCGAUAACCGGCUUACUAGGAAACAUAUACAGCGGCCAAGUGCCCUUCGCCCGCCCUCUCGGCUUCCUUCCCCCCAAAGACGGUGUAGCCAUUCCAAACGCCAACGGCGCAAUUCCAACCCUCAAUCCCAAUGGCAUCCCGCUAGGCACCGGCUUAGUAGGGACAGCGUUUGCCGGUAUCCCCAACGGCUCCAACAACAAUGGCAAAACGAUUAGCACCACGCAGUUGGGGGCGGACGGCCUUGGACUCGGCUUUGGCACAAUCACGGUGAUUGAUGAUUACUUGACCUCCGCUCCCGAGCUGGGAUCUCAGCAGUUGGGCAAGGCGCAGGGUGUUUACGUCGCGAGCUCUGCAGACGGGUCGACACAGAUGAUGGCGUUCACAGCCAUGAUGGAAGGAGGGGAGUUUGGGGACAGCCUCAAUUUCUUUGGAGUGUACAAGAUCGGGAGCACCAUGUCCCGCCUGUCGGUGACCGGAGGGACAGGAAAGUUCAAGAAUGCGUGCGGGUUCGCAGAGGUUCGGUCCCUCAUUCCGGCUGGUCAGCAUGUUGCUGAUGGUGUUGAGACAUUGCUGAGGAUCACUGUCCAUCUUACUUACUGAUCAGAGUGUUGAAUAUUAAUUUGUAAAAGAAAUAGGACCGGUAAGUGAAAAAUUUCUUGUUCAGUUUGAUUGAUGGUUUAUGCGUGUCGCUUGUGCCCAUGGGAGAUUCAUUGUUUCUGAAUGUUGUGGAGAUGAUUACAGAACACAUAUUGUGAUUGUUUGUUUCGAAUGUAACCAAUAUCCUGAUCGGGAAAUUCUAAUUCAAA